AUGGCUGAUGACACAGAAACGCGAAUGCAUGAUAGAGACCUCGGAGAUUGUAAUGAUGGCAACGCACAAGAAUUGAACACUUCCCUUGAGCCACAUUCCGGAAAUACUGAUCCCGUUAUCGGUAGCACCAGUCUCGAUGCACAAGCAACUCAAUUCGAAGCAAUUCCGGAAGGUUUAAAAUCUGUAGGAAUAGAUGGACUAGACAAUGAGAAAGAAGACAGGGAUAGUGUCAUGUUUAGGGUUGGUGGCACAGAAGCGCUUAGCGAAAAUAGUGAUCCGGAAUCUAAAAUAAAAACCUCAGCAGAUGAUGCAGCGAUUGAGAGCGAGGGCGAGAUACUGGAACAAAUUACAGUAUCCCAUCCUGGGAAUGCUGCUUCCCCGGUUGCGGACAAAUCAAUAGAAACUCCAGAUGUCAACAAUAGCGAAUGCGAAUCGGCUAUUAACGUAUCUGCGUAUGAAGGAAUGGAGGGUUUGAAUUCCGAUAAACUAUCUGUGAGUGAUCAUCAAGAAGUUGGCGAAGCGAAUCAACAGCCCCCCAAUGCAAGGGAGCCUACAGGCCAUGUUGGGCUCGUGGCCCCACCACCAUUACCUAAGAGACAUUCCAAAGAUCUUCAUGCGCAGGCUACAGAACGAAAUACUACAAUCCAUGCUGUUCCCCCACCGCUGUCGGAAGAGCUUAAAACGCGAACUUUCCAGAAAAACUUAGCUGCCCUCAGGACUAAUCCCGAAGAGCCCCCGCCUCUUCCUGCGAGGUCGGACCACAAGCGGUCAGCUAGUGCUGACUUUGACUUGGUGAUAAAUCGACUUCAAGACAACGAAGAUGAGUACAAAUCAAAAGAUGACACAACACAGGAAAACAUACUAGAAGGUGCGCGGCUUCUAAAGUCAAGCUAUAGUGCAGUUUUAGAAAGCUUCGAUCCUAGCUUAGAUACCUCACAGCACUCGGAAGAACAUCGAGAACUAGUGACUACUGAUUGGCGGUUCUGGACACGUCUCGUUAGUAACUACGCAGAUGUCGCUAAAAAGGACUCUGUCAAACUUGAACAAGAAGUUGCUCGGGGCAUACCUCCCCAGGUCCGUGGCAUCAUAUGGCAGCUACUGGCAUCGGCAAAGUCGAAAGAAUUUGACCAGGUUUAUGAAAGUUUGAACACUGUCGAAUCGCCCCAUGAGAAAGCCAUCGAACGAGAUAUAUCUAGGACUAAAUUUCUACCAGAUGAUAAAAAGCCGUCUUUAUACGAAGUUCUCAAAGCAUAUUCGUUGCAUGAUACCGAAGUAGGGUACACUCAAGGGAUGGGGUUCAUUACUACCGCGCUGCUCUUGAACACAGAGACGGAAUCAGAGUCAUUUGGACUCCUGGUAAGUCUGAUGAAAGGUUACGGCUUACGCGAACUAUUUUUGCCGAACAUGCCUGGUUUGCACCUCAAGUUGUAUCAAUUUGAUAGACUAAUCGAAGAAAACUCGCCGUCAUUGUACAACCACUUGGUAAGGCAAGGUAUACGCUCAUCGAUGUAUGCAACCCAAUGGUUUUUGACAUGUUUUGCUUAUAGAUUUCCACUGUGCUUUGUGCUUCGCAUACUUGAUGUCGUUUUUGUGGAAGGUUUCGAAGCUCUACUUAAAUUUGCAACAGUGCUCAUGAUCAAAAAUGAAAGCACACUACUUUUACUUGAAUUUGAUCAACUGUUAAACUUUCUUAAAGAUGGGCUUUUUGCAUACUACCUCAAGGGUCCAAUCAAAAUGGCAGAGCAACCAACAGCUUCCAAGAGUGAGGUGGGUCCCGCAAGUUCCAUACUUAGCAAAAGAAUACCCUCAAAUGAAGACCCUGGCUCUGAAAGUGAAAUUCCCGAGAUCUCGUAUGCCGUCGAUGUUUUCAUUCAAGACGCCAUGAAUGAGGUAAACAUUACUCCGAUUUCUCUAAGAAGAUACGUGGCAGAAUACGAAGAAAUUCAUUUACUAGAAUCGCAGAAAGAAGCCCAGUUAGAAUCUCUCAGAAUCAAAAAUAAACAACUUUACAACGAGGUUCGUCGCCUGGAGAGAGACCACACAGACCUAAAUCGGGAGCAUGUAAGCAUUGCCAACGAAUUGAUUGAAGCUCGAUUGGCAAACGAGGUGCUCCACGACCAAAAUAAGGAUCUUAAAUCUGAACUGACACAGCUGCGAGCCCAAUUAAAGGAAGAAAUACGGAAACAGUCGUUGCCUAACCCCGAUUCCGAAAUCCCAACGGAUUUACGUGCCGAUUUAGAGGAAACAAUGGCGCGCAAUCUAGAGGUUAUGAACGCCAAUCAAGAAUUGCAAGAGACGGUGGCCCGGCUUGAGCACAAAAUGUACGACUUAAAACACGGCGUUUCUGGUGACAGGUCUACAAGCAAAGCAGGAAAUUGGAAUCAUCUGCGCAAGGUGUGGAGGUGA